UAAAUCAAUGCUUAACCCUUGCAAAACGAUUGCCAAAUGGUUCCAUUUCCUGCCAGUGACACUCCCCUUACUGCGAAGGUUCUCCUUGUCAUAGGAUGUACUAACUAUCACUUCGAUUUGUCCUCCUCCAACAUUGGCCUCAUCAUGAAAUGGCCACAACAAAAUAGUCGGAGUGUAUUCAGUAGAUUUCGAGGCCUUACGCAAAAUGGUCGUAAAUGACUGCUGG